ACCAUUAACCAAAGACAAAAUCUAUCUAGUCUACUGUUUGUAUAUAACAGCUAAACGUGAAGACAAUGUCCACAAGCUUCCAUAGCCAUUGUUGUUUGGCAUCCGAGACAAUUACGGGCAGAGCAAAAGAAAGGAAGAAAGAAAGAGAUGGCAUCGAGAUUGUGGGAUACAAGAACAAGAGAUGCCGGAGAGGAAGGUUUCAAGCCCAUACGGGAGUGGAAACAAGAAGAACAAUUUCUUUUUCUAGUUGUUUAUCUUCCCGGUUUCACGAGGGAACAGUUGAAUGUAUCGACGCAGGGAAUCAACACACUGAGGAUCAGAGGGUGGAGGCUGAUUAAUAGCGGCAGACGGCAAAGCUUCCAGGAGGAGUUUGAACUACCGCAAGAGUGUAGCAUGGCUGGCAUUCGGGCCAAAUUUGAGGGUGGCAUUCUUACCAUCACCAUUCCAAAGAAAACGAGCAUGGCUGCUGCUGCUGCCGCCGCUGUUCCACCUGCUCGAGAUACCAGGCCGAAAGAGCAUCAGGAGGAGGAUGGCGGCGACAGAUUCCGUGCAACUCCAAAGAGAGAUGGAGCAUCAGCCACCCCUCACAGCAAGCCAAAGCAGUAUCAGGAGGAGGAUGGAGGCGACAAAGGCAGUGCAACUCCUAGAAGAGAUGAUGCAUCAACCGUGAAGCAAGAAGCGGUGAAGCCUAAACAAACAGAUAUCAGCAAGAGCUCUGAAGCAACGAAGAAGGGCCCAGAGAAACAAGCAGCAGAUUCUAAGAGGGAGAUAACUGAGUCGGCUGGGGAGGCUGGGAAAAUUACUGUUGAGAGAAAAGCAAGGGCGGAAGGAAAAGGGCAGCCUACAGAAUCCAAAUUUGAUGAGAAGAAGGGUCAAGAGAACUCAAUUGCAAAGCCUAGGAAUGAAGAAAACAUGGUACCCAAGAAAGAAGAGGAGGCCAAGGAAGCCGGAGAAGUAACUGCCAGUGGCCGCGGGGAGAAAGGUAAAGAGAACCCAAUUACAAGUCCUAGGAAUGAACAAAACAUGGUAACCAAGAAAGAAGAGAAGGCCAAGGAAGCUGGAGAAGUAACUGCCAGUGGCGGCCAUGGUGGUGGGGAAAAAGGUAAAAAGCACUCAAUUACUAGGCCUAGGCCUGAAGAAAAAGCAGUAGUCAGGUAUGAAAGAGAAGAAGAAAAGGCCAAGGAAGCGGGAGAAAUAAGAGAUGGCGGCAGCGGUUUUAAUUUGGAAAAAUAUGCAGAGGCAGUGAAGGGAUUUGCAAAGGGAGGGCUUAAGGAAGAGACACAGCUGAUGGUGAACAUGGGAGCGGCUGUUCUAGUCAUCGUGGCUCUCGGAGCCUACAUCUCAUUCACUUACUUCGGAAAACCUAAAAACUAGCUAGCUAGCUAC